UUGCAUUAUCUUUUUUUGCCACUGGGAGCUACCAAAGGCUGGUCGGUAACAACCAAGGCACCCUGAUGUCCCAGCAAUCAGUAUCGCGGGCUAUAGCUGAGGUUACAGGUGCAUUGAACCACCCCACUGUAAUUGGGAAAUGGGUAAAAUUUCCUCAAAAUCAAGAAAAGAGGGAAAUUUUGAAAAGGAGGUUUUAUGAAAAGUUUGGUAUCCCAGGGAUAAUCGGGUGUAUAGAUGGGACACAUGUGGCCAUAAUCCGGCCUCAACAGAAUGAGGAACGGUACUUCAACCGAAAACAUUUUCAUUCAAGAAAUGUUAUGAUUAUAUGCGAUGCUGACCUCAACAUACUUUGUGUUGAUGCAUCAUUUGGGGGUGCAUCGCAUGAUAGCCACGUUUGGAAUCAACACCCAGUUAAACAACAUGUGAUGGAUCUGCAAAGAACUGGAGAGAGGGUGGCUUUGCUGGGUUGGUACCACUAUACUAGUUUUCAAUAGCUUCAUUAAACAUGGGAGAUGGUGAAGUGUUCGUAAUAACAAUUCAAGUUGGCUCGCCAGAAGAGCACUAUACCAAAAAACAGUGGACAGCACGCAACACCGUAGAACGAGCCAUUGGUGUGGUGAAGGCAAGGUGGAGG